UGGUGGGCGCGACGAAACACGGAGUCAAGGCGCAUCGCGCGCGUCACUCGCGAAGAUGCGCUGACGGGAAGCGCUUUAUCGCUUCCGAUUGUUCCGCGUGACGAGUUAAAGGGACGGCGAGGUGUCUGGAAGCGCCCCGUUACAGCGUUAAACAUCCGUUCGCAAGCGUCGGCAGUUAUGCAGUCUCGCUUGACGUGUUUAUGUCGGCAUACGAUCAGAUGAAGGAGCUUGAUUUUUGUCUCCCGACAUCUCGAUCGUACGAGCGGAAUGGUUUCCUUCACACGGCUCUCCUUCGUGGCACUUCUCUAUGCUUUUUCAGCGGUUCUGACACACACGGCAGGGUCGCGUGUACUUGAAUUGAGCGAUAGAUUUCUGGAUGCACAUAAAGAUGGACAAUGGCUAGUCAUGAUGUAUGCACCAUGGUGUGCGCAUUGCAAAAGAUUGGAGCCAAUCUGGUCUCAUGUUGCUCAAAACUUGCACGCAACAUCUAUACGAGUGGGACGAGUGGAUUGCACUCGAUUUACCAGCAUAACGAGUGCAUUCAAAAUUAAAGGAUUUCCCACUAUUUUAUUUUUAAAAGGUGAUCAGAAGUAUGUAUAUGAGGGUGACAGAACUAGAGACGAAAUAGUGAAAUUCGCUUUGAGAUUAAGCGGUCCUCCUGUGCAAGAAAUAACAAAAACUCAGAGUUUCGACACUAUAAAGAGGGAACGUGAUCUCUAUUUCUUAUAUGUAGGAGAUAAAUCUGGAGUUUUAUGGGAACUUUAUCACAAGACUGCAAAUAUAUUUCAAGCGCAUGCAUUUUUUUAUCAAUCUCAUCCGAGCGUCGUGGAUAAGCAUGCACCUGUGGAUAACGUCCCGGCAUUAUUUGUGUACAAGGAAACUUUGCAUUAUAAUUUCACAGGUCACAACUUAAGCGACAUAAAACAAAUGAACGAGACGCUUUACAAAUGGGUAAACGCGGAGCGCUUUCCGACGUUUCCGAAAGUAACAAGAGGAAACAUAAAUCAAUUAUUCUUAACAAAUAAGAAUCUCGUUUUAGCGGUAGUGGAGGAAAAUCAGCUGGAAGAAGUCGCGCCUGACAUGCUGGAGUUUAGAGAUAUGGUCGAAUCUGUGAUCAAGAAUAAACGUAAUAAGUAUCACGAUCAUUUCCAGUUCGGUUGGAUAGGCAGUCCUAAUCUAGUCAACAGUAUAGCAAUGAUGACGCUACCUAUACCGAGCUUACUUGUGAUAAAUACAACUACUAACCACCAUCAUAUUCCUGAGGAUGAAACAGAGAAAUUGACUCCAUAUGUGAUUGAAUUGUUCCUAGAGCAGAUUCGCAAUGAGAGUGCUCCGCGAUAUGGUGGAAAUAGUUGGCUAGUACGUAGUUAUAGAAAAUGGUUCGAAAUGAAAACCGUUCUGACUUCAAUGUGGAAGGGCAAUCCUAUCUUGAUGUUGGUACUGCUUGGAUUACCGUGUGGAUUUCUAUCGUUAAUAUGUUAUGGCAUUUGUUGUCCAGAUUUGUUAGACGCGAACGAUGAUGAAGAUGAGAAUACUGGAUCGUACCAUAUGAAGAAUGAUUAAAAAUAGUUGCUAUUAAUAAAUACAUUAUACAGAAUUCCGAAAUACAUUUUUCAUUAUAUAUAGUGUAUAUAAAUGCUUGUGAUUAAUCUGUAAUAUGUUCUUAACAAAAAUUUGCCAAAGCAGUCUUAAGACCGCAAGAAUUUUUAUACAAUGAUUCAUAUAUAUUGCUGACAUUCCAUAUAUUUUAUUUUGGUAAAUCCAUCUUCGUACACACACAUUGAUUUCCUUAUGCGUUAUAUAAUAUAUAUAUAUA